AGUCAGGAGCAACGUUGACGAUAAGAUCCACCUGCAAAAACCCUCAUAGUUGUUCCACGUGACUGCUGCUUGACAACCUUUAUCCGUCCCGUUUCCAGAUCGAGGUGAAGAGAUGAGCGCCAGAUUCUUCCAUAUGAUCCGGGUUCUGUCUUAGUGCCACACCGAAGAUGUCCAAACCCCGGCUGACCCCGUCCGCUAUGAUCAUGGACAUCAAGCUGGCCGACGCUCAGCGCCGCUCCAAAUUCAACGGUGCACCGGAACGGCGCACCAGGCCUGGCGAGGAGGACACGCUGCGCUUCCUGAGUCAGGAGGAGCAGGAGUGCCUCCAGUUCUUCGAGGAGACCAUAGACUCGUUGGAGAACAGUCUGGAGGAGGAAGAGCUGAGACCAGGAUUGAACAGGUCGCUAACACGCCGCAGCUUUCUUGUGGAUGAGAUGGAUGGACUGGAGGUACCAGCGGACUUCUUCACUGCGGGAACACAGCGUCUCAGUGCCAACGACCUGGACAUUAUAGAUCUGGUCCGCCCAGACCCGCACCAGAUGCACACCAAAGUACCAGUCUUCACCCCUUCCAGCCCAGAUUUCCAGACAAUGGUGGUGAACCCAGAAAGCCACUUUGAGAUAAAACCAAGACAUGAUCCACUGGACCCCUUUGGCACACCGAGUGGGAGCUAUGAGCCAGCACACAGCCCCUUGUACCACCCAGCAGGUUGUAUCCCCACCCCUGUCAUCAUAGCCAAGAAGAUAGCUGAGAACCAGGCAGGAGACACAGACCAUUCCUCUUCAUUCCACAUCCACCGCAGCCAGGAGGGUGAAAGAUCACCAGACUCCCUCACAAAGAUGGGUCCUCCUACCUCCGCCAAGCCAAAUAGAUACCCUGCUAACAUUAGUAUGAUUCUUGGCAAAACCCUCCAGAAUCAGUCCAUCGCCAAUGUGAACCUUCACGAUAGGCGAGCGCAGGUGUUGGCAAAUCUGCCAGGAGCACCGGCGCAGGAAGAUUCUAAGCCCAAACUAGAGCAGAUGGCUUACAACUUGCCUGCCCGCAGCAUUUCCUUCAAAGACCCCACACCAGAUAAGUCCAGGCUGGAAGCACUGUCUAAACUGGGCCUGGCCAGGAACCGAGCCGUGUCAGGUGGAAUGUCAGUGCUCGAUUCUCCCAGCAGUACCACACAGAAUCCUUUUGCGAGGGCAGAGACCAGUAGCAUUUUAAAUUCUGUGCAACCAAGUGUUCUCCCGAAAGAAAGCAGCCCCCGUGUGACAGAUUUCAAGACCACAACACCACCAAGUACCAGUGUCUUUUCUGCACAACCCAGCGUUCUCCCGAAAGAGAGCAGUCCCCUUGAGCCAAAGUCCAAGACCACGACAUCACUAAGUACCAUUGUCAGUUCUAUGCAACCCAGUGUUCUCCUGAAAGAGAGCAGCCCGUCUGUGCCAGAGUCCAAGACCACAAUACCACCAAUCCCAACUUACGUCAGCAGAGAAGCAGUGAAGCUUCCAUUUGAGCUUCCCAGGAGCGUUCCCAGUAAGCCUCCACUGACUUUGGAAAAGGAUGAACCUGAACUUCCUCCAGCAGAGGUGCAAUUGAACAAUUUUGGAGGCAAAUCCAUCGUGGUCACUGCAGUUCACCCAAAGAACGACAAUGUGAGUCCUUUAGUAAGCCAAGAAGCCAAAAUCUUGCCCACCGCGCUGGUCAACUCCAGCGAGUUCAACAGCUAUGGAGGUAAGUCCAAAGUCCUGUCUCCUGCUCCGGGGGCCAUGACCAGGAGCGACCUUCCUGACAUUGUCAUCGAUGUCAAUCGCCCCUUCCUCAGCCCCAAUCCUAAUGUGCUCAACAGUUACGAAGGCAACAGUCCAACCAUCAACUCUCCAAGAGCCCCACAGCGGUCUAAGAACGGCCCAAAGAGGUCUUUCAAAGACCUACCUCAAGUUCCACUCAACAGUUAUGGAGGCAAUAGUUCGACCAAUAAUUCUUCAAGAGCCUCACAGUGUUCCUUGGAUGACCCGGCGAUGUCUGUCAAAGACCUACCUCCACCUCAACUCAACAGUUUUGGAGGAAAGAGUCAGACCAUCAACCCUUCACAGCGAUCCUUGGACGGCCCUACGAGGUCUUUCAAAGACCCAUCUCAAGCUUCACUCAACAGUUCUGGAGACAAUAGUCUGACCAACAACUCUUUAAGAGCCUCACAGCGGUCUCUGGAUGGCCCGAUGAUGUCUUUCAAAGACCCACCUCCAGCUAAACACAACAGUUUUGGAGGCAAUAGUCCGACCAAUAACUCUUCAAGAGACUCACAGUGGUCUUUUGAUGGCCCAGCGAUGUCUGUCAAAGACCUACCUCCACCUCAACUCAACAGUUUUGGAGGCAAGAGUCAGACCAUCAACCCUUCACAACGAUCCUUAGACUGCCCUACGAGGUCUUUCAAAGACCCACCUCCAGCUAAACACAACAGUUUUGGAGGCAAUAGUCCGACCAAUAACUCUUCAAGAGACUCACAGUGGUCUUUUGAUGGCCCAGCGAUGUCUGUCAAAGACCUACCUCCACCUCAACUCAACAGUUUUGGAGGCAAGAUUCAGACCAUCAACCCUUCACAACGAUCCUUAGACGGCCCUACAAGGUCUUUCAAAGACCCACCUCCAGCUAAACUCAACAGUUUUGGAGGCAAUAGUCCGACCAAUAACUCUUCAAGAGACUCACAGUGGUCUUUUGAUGGCCCAACGAUGUCUGUCAAAGACCUACCUCCAGCUCAACUCAACAGUUUCGGAGGCAAGAGUCAGACUAUCAACCCUUCACAGCGAUCCUUGGACGGCCCUACGAGGUCUUUCAAAGGCCCACCUCCAGCCCCGGCACCAAGAAAUCCUCUUAAGUCGUAUCACCAUGUGGGCGCUGCAACCCCAAACAGAGCCUUGUCGCCCUCCGAUUACAGGAAAACACCCAACGUUGCGUUUCGACCUCAAGGUAUCACUGUUCAGUUUUCUGGCCGUGGGGCUGCAGACGAAUCUCGCAACCAGGCUCUGAGGAAACUUGGGUUGCUGAAAGACUCGUGAGUGGACUUGAUGGAAGGUUUCCAUGCUUGACUGAGAGCUAGGCGUGUCUAAUUAAACCUACCUAGACGAGAGGACAGACCUGCACAGCCAGUUCUUGUUGCCUGGAUACUCCUGGCAAGGCUGUUUUGACGACAAAUGCCAUCUUGUUUGCAAAGGAAACCUUUGUUUGAGCGAGCAAAGAUCAGGGUUCUUGUCUGAAGAGCAAAUUACUUCUCAAAAGUUGCGAGAUAAAUAGUUUCAACUGUUCAAGGAACAAAUGUACAGGUGCACCUUAUGAAAUCACAAUAUCUUGUCAAAUUUGAAAAACUUUAAAGCACAAAUUUGCAGUUUGUGGUCUUUUGUCAGACGUACACAUUUUGGAAAAAAGUAAUAGUAAAUUAAACAAGUAAACAAUUUCCCUUGUGGAUCAUUAAAGUUUGUCUAAGUCUAAGUCUAAACCCUAAUGUGCAUGUCCACAAAUGUCCACCACGGAGGACGUCGUACAUGCAUUGCACAUGGAGUGAAAUAUUUCAAGAAGGUAUUUCUCAACUAUUUUGAUAUAAUAUGCUUUAUAUUAUAUCAAAACAAUGAAAAAAUAAUUCGGUAUCUCAUUAAAAUUGGCAUUGCAAAGCCUUCCUUAUUGCGGAGUCUUGGAAUGAAAUCACUCGUAUCAAGGAUAUUGUGAUGUACUACGAUGCGCCUGUAUGUAAUAUGAAGAAGUUGUCCUCUGCUGGAGGUUAUUUUUACUCCAUAAACACUAACCGCACAUUCUGGAACAGCUUUUUACUUUCUGACUGCAGAGGGAAUACUUUGCCGCUCAUUCUGCAGGCAUUGUGGACUUCAGACCACAAAGACCCUCUCAUCUCCUUAUGCUCGCGACAAAGUGUCUCUUUCUGUCCAUAGUUAUGUACUUUAUUUUCCCCAGACUCCGGCCUCUGUAGUUCAGCUACAGUCACUUAUGAAGUAUAUUUUUGCGUUCGCAGGGUUUUACAAUCUUGUGAAUUUUUUAUUUUUUUUUAAAAGACUCCGGUUCUCUGUAGCUCAUCUACAGUUACUAUGAAGUAUCUGCUGGUGCAUACCCAUCUACUGUACUAUACGUUAAUACUAUCUAACAUGUGUUAUGUACAUAUUAAUGUAUUCAGCUCGUGUUGAAUGUGUGUCAAUCAUUAAAGCGCAUCACGUGA